AUGAACCACUCGCCGACAUCCACGUCCUCCCACGAAGACGCCGCCGAGAACACCGCCGAUGAGGAGGAUUCGGAGGACUACUGCAAGGGCGGCUACCAUCCCGUCACCAUCGGCGAGAAGUUCAAGGAUGGCAAGUACACGAUUGUGCGCAAGCUGGGCUGGGGCCACUUCUCCACCGUCUGGCUGAGCCGCGACAACACCAACGGCAAGCACGUCGCCCUCAAGGUUGUGCGCUCCGCCGCCCACUACACCGAGACCGCCAUCGACGAAAUCAAGCUCCUUAGCAAGAUUGUGCAGGCCAAGCCCGACCACCCCGGCCGCAAGCACGUCGUCAGCCUUCUCGACUCGUUCGAACACAAGGGCCCCAACGGCACCCACGUCUGCAUGGUGUUCGAGGUCCUGGGCGAGAAUCUUCUUGGUCUGAUCAAGAAGUGGAAUCAUAGGGGGAUUCCCAUGGCCCUGGUCAAGCAGAUCACCAAGCAGGUCCUCCUCGGCCUCGAUUACCUCCAUCGGGAGUGCGGCAUCAUCCACACCGACCUCAAGCCCGAGAACGUCUUGAUCGAGAUCGGCGACGUCGAGCAGAUUGUCAAGAGAGUUGUAAAGAACGAGCCUGCAGACAAGGAAAACAACCGUAACGGCCGCAGGCGUCGGAGGACCCUCAUCACCGGCAGCCAGCCAUUACCCUCGCCCCUCAACGCAUCAUUUAAUCAGAACAACCUCUUCCCUUCGCCAAGCUCCCAUGGCUCCAGUCUCGGCCAGAUGCUGCACGAAGGAUCAAAAUACGAUUCUUCGCCGAGGCGGGACGGCGAUGACAAGCAGAAGCAGCGGGAAAAGUCAGCAGAUGUCCUCUCUAGAGAAGUUUCGGGCAUCUCGCUUGAUAAGGCCGGCGAGAAGCGCAAGGCAGAAGACAGCCACGGCUUUGACAUAAUCAGUGUCAAGAUCGCAGACCUGGGCAACGCCUGCUGGGUCAACCACCAUUUCACAAACGACAUUCAGACGAGGCAAUAUCGGUCGCCCGAGGUGAUCUUGGGCUCCAAAUGGGGCGCUAGCACAGAUGUUUGGAGUAUGGCGGCGAUGGUUUUCGAACUCAUCACGGGUGACUAUCUCUUCGAUCCUCAGUCGGGGACAAAGUACGGUAAAGACGACGACCACAUCGCACAGAUAAUCGAGCUGCUGGGCCCGUUCCCAAAGUCGCUCUGCCUUUCGGGCAAGUGGUCGCAGGAGAUAUUCAACCGCAAGGGAGAGCUGCGCAACAUCCACCGGCUGAGGCAUUGGGCGUUGCCCGAGGUGCUGAAGGAGAAGUACCACUUCAAAGAGGAGGAUGGCAGGAGAAUUGCCGACUUCCUCCUGCCCAUGCUGGAGCUUAUACCAGAAAAGCGGGCGAACGCGGGCGGCAUGGCUGGCCACGUCUGGCUGGAGGACACCCCAGGCAUGAAGGGCGUCCGGAUCCCAGGGAUCGACGUCGGCAGCCGGGGCGAGGGCAUAGACGGGUGGGCCAACGAGGUUCGCAAACGCUGA